UUUAACUUUCAUAGCUAGAACUUUACUAUAAAAUCAAAAAUAAUCAAAAAUACUUCCAGAAAUAAAAAAAAAUAAUAUCCAAAGAACAUUUUAAUAGGUCAACAAUUAUCAUAGACUUUAGACUUUAUCAAAGUUCCCAAGUUUGUGGUUUCUUUUACUACAAAUUCUAGAUAAUUGACUGCUUGGUAGGGAUUACUUGACCCCGAUAACGUCUUCGUGGCUAUGACACAUUCUUUGAAUGAGAAACUACCAACCAAGAGUGUUUCUCUCAGUGCACUUACUGUUCGUGUGCUCGAUAAUCCGCCCCCUACAACUUUCAUCAUGCAUUUCGCCUCUGAUACCUGGUGUUUAUUGCGGCUCAGGUCACGUUUGCAGCAGCAAACUCCGUCACAUGAGUUGCCUCGGUAAUUACGGUUUGGACAGCACUGGGGCUAUCUGCCCUAAUCUGGCCAAUCUCAAGGGUUCCUUUGUUUACGUUUUGUAGAUAGGCACAGCGUUAGAGGCCCGCAAAAACAAAGCAAUUCCAGAAAUCGAUGGUUUAGUUGACUCAUCCGCAGAGUGACAAUGAAAGUUGAUACACCAAUGGCUGCAGAUAAGAUGCGGCUCACUGCAGAUUACAUUUCGCACCGAUGAAUAAUUAAGCGAAAGAUGGCAAACUGCCGCAUCUAAGGUCGAGGCGUCAUCAUAGUACAGCCUUCAACCUGAGAUACUCAGAUACUUAGAUACCGAAUCGGAUAUCCAAACGCGACCAUAUGAGCAAACAGCAACAAGAUAUGUACAUAUUUUCAUGAGCGAUUCGGUUAUUUUUAACAACUACACGUACUGGACAGAUGAUGCGAAAAUAUUUACUCUUCUGGGGGUUUACUCUUGCUUUUCGGUGUAUAUCUUUCUUCUGGAGCAGCCUUCUGAAGUGGCCUGCCAUAAAUCCGAGAAUUGUUAAUUCAGCUGUCAUCUGGAAGCACACAGGUUGCAAAUCAAAUCGGGCGAAGCUCCCUUAUCUAUUCCGACCAGGCUUAUCGUGAUGCGCGGACCCACACACCUGCUAAACGCACUUGAAAUACUUUUAGAUGUUGAGAUAUCUCUGAAUUCCCCACUCGUGAUCCUUGCGAACUAACUCAGAACUUGUGGAAUAAUUCUCUAGCCACACACAAUUCCCCACAUUGCUCAUUUCCGAUGAAAGCGCUUCCGGCGGAAGGCGUCAGCCAGAUUCAAAUGCAAUGCCCCAAGCAGACGACACAGAUCCUGAAGACGAUUCGAGUUGCGACUUUACCACUGGUUCAAAAGAGACGGAGGAAAGCGAGGCGGCCGAGGAGAAAGAAGGGGACCAGGUGACGGAUGAUGUCCUCGAGUAUCUGCACAACAAUCCUACGGCCUUCAAUCGAUCUUCCUCCGCUGUGCUGAGCAUACAGGCCGGCGUCUUCAACACUGUCAACGAGCGCAGUUUGUCCUCUAUGGGCUACUCGACGGCGAAUUCGUUGAAGAAACCGUUGGAAACCAGUAAAUUACUUGAUGGGAAGACCAAUCUGUACCAGGAGGUGGUCAGCCUUGUCAAACGGCGAGCUCAGACCAAUUCAGAGGUCAGCAUCGGAAAGAGUCGGCACCCCGUGCAUCUAAUGGCCUUGCAGAGCUUCUCGCGAAUGUUUCGCGACAUCAGCAACGACUUGAGCGUGGAGCUGCCUGAGGAGAAGAUUACGCCUCGCUCCUUCUGCCUCAUCUACGACUGGAUGAUCGAGGACAGGCCGAUCCUACCUCGCCUCGGUCUUCUGGAAGUUCUCCAAGCUGCCACUUUCUUGCAGAUUCCGCAGUUAAUCAGCCAAUGCCAGUAUUGUCUGCAGAAUGGCUUCAAGGAGGACUCCGCGGCGAUUCUGUACUUUGAGGCUAAGAUCCUCAAGCUGGAGCAGACCCACUGGGAGUUCCUAAUGCGCGUCUCCAAGUUUUUUCUCACUCUGGUGGCCUCCAAAGAGUUCCUGCGUCUCCCGCUGAACCCAUUCCUCAUGCUGAUCAGGUCCAGCCGCAUUGGGGUCAAUACAGAGCUGGAGGUCUUCAUGGCCGCUGCUCGCUGGCUUAGCCACCACUGGCCCCAAAGACAACGAAACCUAACCGCUGUUGCGGGCAGCAUUCGUUUCGGACUGAUCCAGCCUUGGUUGCUCAUCCGAUUGCAGAAGCCGGAUGUCACCGCCGUGGAAGUGAGGCGAAUUGUAACGCAGCCCGAGGUGCGACAAGCCAUUCACGAUGGCAUCGCAUACACCACCACGCGACUUUUCUACGGAGCAGAUCGCGAGGCGUUCAUGCAGCAUUUGCACAAGACGAGUGUCGAGCCACCCGUGCAACGUUGCUGGAUAUUCGACCGAAAGUGCCGUCAUCACCAUCGCUUGCAAUGCAAGUUCACGCUUGACCUAACGUACGAGACGUUCGUGGAGUACCUGAACUAUCUGCAAACCCAGCACCGGGACUACUGGCAAUCUAUGGAACUCGUAGAGACCAGCAAUGUGUGCUUCAAUUGUCAGGCCAAAAGGUUGGAUCGAACUAAAGCCAUUAGUUGAGUUUAGAUGUUGGUUGUAAAAAUUGUGAAAUAUAUCUUGAUACUUAUGUCUUACUCAGAAA